AGAAACUGCAAAGCUUUGUAUCAGUUGCUGCCGUUUCUGCUGCUGAUUGCAAGGUGCUGCUGCUUUUGGCAUUUUCACAGCUACAGAAUCCUCAGUUGCGCUCUGGUCUGCCAACAGCUAUCUGCUCCCUAUGGACCCACCUUCGCUAGCUACAGUCUGUGGGAUCUCUUGCCACCUACCUGCCUUGGACAUUGCCAUUCUCUGCAUUGUUACUGACAACUGCGUUUCCCGGACCUUGCAGCUUGUAUGACUGAAACCUGCCUUAGAGUCUCUCAGCUGCACGUCCUCCCUUGUGCUUGGUGGGAGACUCCUGCAGCAGGAUCUUCUGACCCGGACAAGGAUGGCAUUUACAGGGAGAAGUCAAAACUGAGCUGCAUUCAGCGAGAUGCCCAACGCCUCUUCCUGGAGUGCUAGCUCGCCUCUGCUGCUGCUCUGGGAGGACUCCUCCGGGACCCGCAUCUUCCUGUCGCUGCUCUACGCGGUCUUAGCUAUCUCAGGGACUUUAUCCAAUGUGAUGGUCAUCUACUUAGUCUUCUCCUUCAAGAAGCUGCAGACAACCAGCAAUGCCUUCAUUGUGAACGGCUGUGCGGCGGACCUCAGCGUGUGCGCCCUGUGGAUGCCCCAGGAGGCUGUGCUGGGGCUGCUGCCUCCCAACUCCUCCUCCCUGCGCUCGGCGGAGUACCGGCUGCUCCGAGGGGGGCUGCUCGGCCUCGGCCUCACCGUCUCCCUGGCCUCUCACCUGCUGGUGGCCUUCAACAGGUACGUGCUCAUCACCAAGCUGCCCAGCGUGUACCAGGCCCUCUACCAGCGGAGGCACACGGGCUGCAUGAUCGGGCUCUCCUGGGCCCUCGCCCUGCUCCUGGUCCCGCUGCUGCCCGGGCUCUGGACGCCGGGCUCUGCCCAGCAGUCGCCCCCGCGGCAGACGGACGGCGGCUCUCGCUACACCGCCCUGCUCCUGGCCCUAGCCGUGCUGGGCCAGACCGCGCUGCUGCUCCACUGCUACCUCGGCAUCGUGCGGCGGGUGCGGGGCAGCGCCAAGCGGGUCAGCGUCCUCAACUUCCACCUCCUCCACCAGCUGCCCUUCCCCGCCGCCCCGCCGCCGCCGCGCCGGGCCCAGCGCCGCCUCAGCAGCGUCUCCGUCCUCCUGCUCUGCUGCGUCUUCCUCCUGGGCACCCAGCCCCUGGUGUGGGUCAGCCUUCUGGGCUUCUUCCUGCGCCCGGCGCCGCCGGCGCUGCAGGCCGCCAGCUGGCUGCUGCUCUGCUCCCUCUCGGCCCUCAACCCCUUGCUCUACACAUGGCGCAGCGAGGAGUUCCGUCGGGCGGCACGCUCCGUCCUGCCCCGCGGCGAGGGCCCCGCCGCCGCCCCGCGCCCGGCCACCGCCGCCGGCCCCGCCGCUGCCGCCCCGCCCUGCCCGCAGCUGCCGCGGCGCCGGGGGACGGUGGGCAGCGCCAGCGUUGCCGCCGUGCCGCGCUGAGGGGCCGCGGCCGGGCGAGGGCCCCCGCGCAGCCCGCGGCCAUCCGCCCCGCCGCUUGGGGGCGCCCGCGGGCCCGUCCCGCGGCAGGCGGGCGGGAAGACCCGCGUCCCCUCAGGCCACCUCACGUCGGGGAGGUGAGCCGAGCCGCCCGCCGCGCCCCUUCGCAAGGCCCGGUCCCCCCUUUAUACAUUCUCCUGUUGCCCCUUACUGACCCCGCGCAGCUCUUUGCCUCUCUCAGCGCACCGACAGGCAGCCCCGGCGGCUUCCCCGGGGCGGCGGGACGGGCGCUGGGGUGGGGAGUCUCCUGCUCAUCCGCAGCGCGGCCCCCCCCCUCCUCCCUCAGCCCCGCUCCCCUCACGGCAGCUGCCCGCCUCCGGCUGCCGGCCAGGACUCCAGCCAAAUCCAGAAAUCUGGGAUAACUGGUAAAUAUGGCAACGUACGUAACUGUUGUUGUGCUUUAAAGAUUUCAAUAUGAGUCAGGCACCUAGACAGCUCUUUUCGAGACUUACUGCAAGUUUGUUUGUAUAAAAUCUUUGUAAUUCUUUCAGCAUUUGAAGUAAUUCUUUGAAGUAAGCUCUCUGAACACAAGGUUUGCUCGUGAAGAACUGACAAGUGUCUCAUUACACACGCACACACACACAUCCACCAGGAACGGCUUCCUUUCCCGCAGGUUACCUAAUCUCUGUGCUCCAUACAAGACCCUCCUUCAGCUCUACCCUGGCAAACUUCUGGAUGUUGCUGUCUGAGGAAACUGUUAAAAACGCAUACAGCUUUGUGGAGAUCUGGUUCAGGUAUUUUGUUUUGAAAGCUCUUUAUAUAAGGCCUGUUUAGACAAAGGCCUCUGCCUGUGGUGAUGCACUUGAUACAAUACAAUGCAAUAUGGAGACCAGUGUUGUCCAUCUAACCUGUCACCUGUUCAGUUACCAGUUUAUUGUGUUUCUAUUAAAUACGUUAUUGCUGAAGUGCGAUUUCACAGCCUCUGCUAAAUAUAAAAUGACAGAUUCUGUGUGGCAUUUGGGAAGGCGACAGCUCCUCGCACGGAGGGUGGCGAGGGAAACAAACUGUGGUGGUGGGUGCUGCAGCCUCAUUCCUCCCAGAAAUGGACCUAAAAUCCCUGUGUUUCCCACUCUGUUACUUGACCACCUCCUGCCUUGUUUCCAAUGCAGUUGCUGUUGUUCUUGUGGUGACGAUACUUAGGGCUCUGUUUGCCUUUUGGCAGAAAAGACUGGAAGAAGGUAGCUGUUUUCUGAAUCCGUGGGCAUCCACUAGCAGUACCACCUAAAAUAUGCUAUCUUGAGAAGAAGAAUGGACACAUGAGAACAUAGGAAAGAUCUUCACAAGAAUAGUUUGUUGCAUUGGGUGACAGGUAAUUAAUACGAGCUUGGAAGCUCUUAUGAGGAUAUUUGAACGAUGGGACAAUAACAAGGAAGAGACAAGCACGAUGCGUAUAACAUAAAAAGCCCUAUGGCCACAUUUUGUAAUGCUCCACACUUCUCUUGCCUUAUUUGAUGGGGUUUGAGUUUCAACAGAAAUUGCUUUAAGAGGAAGGGCAGAAUUUCAUUUUUGCCCAAGUCUAAGAGCUGUUAGGCAUCUGUGGUACAAUGAUGUAUCUAAAAUCCCCAUACCAAUAUUUUAUUUUUCUAAAUAAAAAAAUUCACCAUCAUUACUGAAAAGAUUUUUCUUGAGGUCAGGAUUUGGCAAAGACAAGGAACGAAGACCUCAAAAGGAAAAAAAAUAAUACCUUGACAUUCUGAAAAUGUAUCAACAUUUUGAAAACAACUUUAGCCACUUACAAGGACCUGUGGAGAAGUAAGAGAAGUUUCCUAGAGUUUGAGGCUUACAGAGAGCUUCUUCUUCCAUCUUGGAGGCAGUGUGAGAGACAGUGUGCCACUGUGAGACAGCAUCAGAAGGAUGGGGAGGGCUGUCAAGGAAACAUGAAGAUACAAGAUAUGCAAGAUUUAUUUUAUCAACACUGUGCACGUAUCUUGGAGAGUGGAGAAGCCGCUAUAUCCUUGUUGUAAUCUCUCAUCCUAAUCACAGCAACUGUGCUUUUGCUAGCUUUGCGCAGCAAAUGGAGAAGGAAAACUGUUCCAACCACACCUGUACCAAUUCUGGAAAAUAUUCUGGAUCACUGCCAAAAUAAAGCUAAACCAAGGGCCACCCAGGGGUAAGACCCUGUUCUGCUAUAAAGUAAUCCUUAGGCUGGAACCCACAAAAGGAUGCACAUCGCCACUUCCCAUCAUGGCUAAAGGAACUGAAGGCAGUUGGUAAAGCUCAGUACUGGGGCCAUAAGCAAAAGAACAAACUUUAAAAUAAAAAAUUAGACUACAUCCGACCCUCGUUUUGGCUAUGGAACUUAUUAGUCUGGAAUUAAAGCAAUAACCUGUUUCAGAAUUCAGUGUCCAAACACCAGAUAACUGGAACUUCUGGGCUUCUUCCCCUGUAAAAUAGCAUGCAAGUUAAAUCUGAAAUGCCUGUAUUUUAUAUGGACUAUGUUUUAAAAGCAAACAUGUAUAAAAAAUGCUAUCAUGUACAAAACUCCAGUCAGCUAUCCUUAUGCUAUGCAUUAAUUCCAGAGAACAGCUGGAAAUCCCUUGGAAUCCCUUGAUGUAAUUACAUCUGACUGUAAAUCUUUGACUGUUUUAAUAUACUCAGGUGACCUAAAUAGCAUUACGCAGAAAAUAAUUUUAAUUUAAAGUAAUUAAGAAAGAGUAAUUGUCUCAACUUAAGAUUAGUUUCUCUGAGAAAUUACUGCUCAGAAAAGUCCUUUAUGCCUUGUUCUACAGCCAUAUUCUUUGUAUUUCCACAUUGUAAAUACUUCUUGGUAAGUUGCGAUGAAAGCUCAGCUUAGCUCAACUUCUGUGGUACUGCUUCUUGGUUAAGAAAACUGAUCUGACUCUGAGUUUUUUGGCAUCUGUGCUUUACUUUUAGAGCUGAUUCAAAUGUGUCCACUGCUAGUUUAAUGGUGACUUUUCUUCAUGAUGAAUUUCUGUCACGCUCAACUAAUUUACAGAUGGAAGGGAUGUGUUGCCAAUUGUCCUUUAAAACGUCUCAACCAAACCAUCUUUCAGGAGGUGUAAAUGAAGAUGGUGGGAAAUCCUGUCAGCAAUUCAGGCGAGGUUCUCUGUUGCUCUGGUGUUGUGCCAAGCAAGUUGUCUGAGCACGGCCUAAAGCUGCCCUUCCUGGAAUGGCUGGUCAGCUGGCUUCCAUCUAUUAGAUGAGGGUCUGAUCUCAUUAAAACGUUGGAUUUAUUAUACAGUAGUGCAGAUCAGCCAUGUUGUUCAUGUGCAAUAGGUUCCUUUGCUAUUUUCUCAGGGCUUCUGGAAGCAAGAGCAGCUAGGAGUUAGUAAUAGGCUGGAUGAAUUGUGGCCAGUUAUACUGGUGUGGCUUGAAAACAGACGUUUGGUUUAUUAUGGCCUAACUAAAUCUGCCACUCAGUUUGUGGUUUGCCCAUGCUGAAACACAUGUGGGACCUGCCUUUUGAAGGUAAAAUCGUGAUGCCUCCAAAUAACGCCCUAAGGCAAAAAUAUGGUUAUUUGUGAGAAUUGCUUGGAGAGGUGUAUGUGAAGUUAUAGUUUGGAUUAAAUCUUUUGAAGUUACCCUUAAUUUAAGAUAGUUGUACAAAGCCAUUGAGCUGCUUUGUGGAAUCAGGUGUCUACAAUAAUACGGGCCUCCACCAAAACUGAACAAUCAUUGCCCUAAACAAAAGUGUGUGAAAACAUAGAGUCAGCAAACCGAAGCUGGGAAAAUACGACACGAGGAGAUAAAGAUAGCAGGGCAGGGGCACUUUCAGUGACAUCCUGAGAAACAACACAGGGAAAAGUGUGAAGGCCAAAGCAGGGCUGGGAUUAUGAUGAAAUAAACCAUCUCAAGUUAUUUGGUUCUUUAUAUAUGUAAGGAAACAGAAUUCUAUGCUUUUCUUAAUAAAUAAAACGAUGCAAUUCUCAACUUCUUCUUUUAACAAAGCUUUCCAUACACCAGCAAAUUUUCUUUUAACAUUUGGAAUCAAAAAAGACUAAAGGAAUGAGUUGCAUCAGUGUUCUUUAUGGAGACUGCAUUCAACAGCAUUGCUGGACUUACAAGCAGGGAUAGCAUUUUAGCUAACCUCCAGAUUCAGUCAGCCAUAAGCACGCUGUGAACCUUUUUUUUCUAACUACCAAAUUGAUGCUAUUUUUAAAAAAACCCACAUACAGAUUAUUUUCAAAUGAAGACGUUUAAGUGUAGCAUUUCAUUAAAGAAAAAAGUGACAACAUAUACUUUAGCUUUCUAUUUCAUCUUAAAUCACAUAACUAGAUUAUUGCAGUAUUCUUUAAAUUCAGAAGUCCCUUUCCCAAAUGGCAGCGAAAAUAGCUUUUCUCGUGACUGUUUAAAUUCUAAGAAAGCUACCUUUUUUUUGCUCUUUUAUGUCAAUCCUUCCCAUGCACUGUCAUCAUUUUACCAGGGUAAUAGUCUAUUUUCUUUCUUUCUUUUUCCCUUUCUUCAGUAUUUUCUGUAAUUUCCUUCACUAAGGGAAAAGUACUUGAUCCUGCUAAUCAGGGCAUGACUCCUUGAGCAGUGUAAGUUUUGGGAGACAAAUGUAAACUAAGUCUAAAGAACUGAGGGAGAAAUCCCAUAUAGUUAAAUUUCUACUCCAGACUGAGUAGGUUUUGAAGGUGGGUUUUUUCCUGUGUAGAGUAGCGGACAAGUGCUGUGUCUAUCUUUACAGAUACUUGCAUUUGAUUAAGGCUAUGUAAAAACCAGGGGCAAUAUAGAAAAAAGUCACAAAUAGUUUGAAGGCUGGAGAAAAAAAAACUCUGCAGCUGUAGAGCUCAUUAUGAUUAAUAUCAAAAGUGACCUCAUUACAGAAUACACACCCUAAUGCAAGUAUUCAAACCAAUCUGUUACCAUACAAGGUGAUCUAAUGAUCUCUUUUGGAAAACGUGGCUUGGAAAACAUGACCUUAAUGGAAAAUAGCUUUGCUUUAGGAGCGUGGGCCACCUCGUUUGUUUGUUGGUGAUGAGUUCAAUAUGGCAAGGCUUCCUGUGCAGUCUUUGCCCUACACCUAGUCCAGACAGGUGUUCAUGAAAUUAAAGAACUGGAAACAAAAUAAUCCUGAAGAAAAACCACUUGUGGCUGCUUUCUGGCCUGAAGCUUUGGGUUUCUGAAGAAACAUAAUGACCACUCCAGGAAGGUUAACUGUUUGGUGUUUAGGGCAAACUAUAGGAUAUCUAACCUGCAACCCCACGGCAAGCUUAUCACAAGUAUAGAGCCAAGCUUUUGCGAGUUGUUCCUAAGGAAAGCAAACUGCCCGUUGGAGGGGGAGCUCAAGCUAAACAAGGGAGCUGGGUAGCACCAUAGGCUUCAGCAUGCUGAACUAUGCCUUCGUGAGACGACAGGUUGAAACAAUGAAUAACAAAAAUGUGCCUCUGCCAAAAUUUUUCAGCAUUCUUUUCUAUACUUCUGUAGGAUUCUGCUUCAAAAGUUUUCCUGCUGCUUUAGAAGUGUUAGCAGAUGAAACCUGUAUUUAGUAUUAAUAAUAAAAGAAACACAAAGGAAGAAAGAAAUAUUCUCAUUCUCACUGGGCAGAACCAGCUCCCGUGGUUCAAGGACCAAGGUACAAGGAACAAAGACAGAGCUGCUAUUAUGGAAAAGCUUUACUUAAGACCAAAGACACCUUGUGUUCAGGAGCAGCCCUACAAAGUGAAACAGCUGCUGGUGAAAAAUGCCAUCAUAGAGCCAUACAGUAGGUUAUUGUCACAUUUGCCGCUUUCUGAAUGGACACGCUGGUGGUGUUUGCCUGUGAUGUUGCCUUUAGAGAAGGUAUUAGUAUUUGUGAAAAAUAUCUGUGCAGCUUGGGCCUCUCAGUAAGGCCAAAUUUUUGUUACUGCAGCAGGACUUGGGCUUUCUGUUCCCUCUCUUCCUGAGAGUUCAGAGAGCAGCUGGGUGAGGAAAGUAGAAGUGCAGUCCUUUGGGGAGAAACAACAGGAACUACCAUACCUGGAAGAGAUAUCUUCAAUAUUUUGUUAUUUUAUUCAUAGCUUUAUGUAUCUGCCAUCUCAGAUGUAAAUUUCCAAUGGAUGUCUUCAGGCUGUCUGGAGCCUUUGCCUGUCCUGUGACAGUCUCAGGGCAGAAUUAAAAAUGCAGGUAUGCAUCAGGCAAGAGCUGCAUCCAUCCCGAUCUGUUCUGAAGCUAAUGAUGUGAUGGAGGUGCAAUGUUAGUCUGAAAGCAACAAAGUGAGCAUUAGCAGCAGGAGAAAACUAUGAAAGAGAGCUCUUGAGAGACAAAGUUGAACUGAACAAUAGCAAAGAGUUACACAAAUUUUGCUUCAUGUUUGUUCUGCUGAGGUGUCAGUGAAAUGUCCUCUCUGUUUCCUUCUGCCCCCUUUGUCUGCCUUGCCUCAGUGUACUGUAGUGCUGGCACUUUCUUCUCACCCUGGAGCCUCUGACACUGACUUUGAUGUCAUUUGGUAAAACACUGUUUCUGUGAUUCUUUAUAAACUUUGCAUCUUUCAUUCUAAGGCUCGGUGAAAUGGCUGUAGCAGUGUUGUACCUGUGGAGACAGGAGCAGCAAGGUUUGAACAGAGGUAAUAACCAGAAAUAUUGUGAAGAUAUCAGUAGUACUUCUUCAUAUCUAUGUUUGAGUAUUACUCCUUUCUCUUCUGUUGCAUUUCAUCGGUUGCUAUUUAUUGGAAUAGCUUCAUUGCAGGAGUGCCCUCUUCCAUAAGAAAAUCUCUUUCAAUUAAUGCUUUUUUAUAAAUGUAGUGGUAAAAUCUUGAAGGUUUUGAAAUGUGUAGCCAUGUUAGCUCCUCCAUAGAGCAUAUUUGUCCCUCUUUCAUGCAAUAGAGCAUCUUCCUUUACUCUAGAUCAGUUGGGGUUUUUUUCCAAUUUGUGGCAUUAUUUCUCUCAGGCUGAUUAAAUGAGAGAGUUGGUAGACUGCAACAUGGGAAAACAAAAGAACAGCCUCAUUACUACUUCUGUUUGAUUUCAAGGCAAAGGCACUUUUCACAGCUCUCACUGUGGCUAUCAGCUUUUUUUUUUUUUGUAUGGUAAUAAAACAAGACAGUAGAACUAUCUUAUCGUGCUAAAAAAAAGAUAAAUAGGAACACAAAAAUUAUUCGUUGUAUAUGAUGAGUAAAUGUGAGCUCUCUGGAUUCUGCAGUAGAUAUCUUGCUUGACUCUUUGCUGUUCAUUGUAACUGUUAUGUACAGGAAAGUCACACACAAAUAUAACAAAUGAUGGCUCUGAGCUGAAUUAAAGGCAUGAAUUAAUUUUCUUCUAUCUCAUGCAUCAUUAAAUAUUGCUAUUGUACUGUCUACUGAUUAUCUAUAUUAUACCUGUCACCUGAUAGCAACCACGGUCGUUAUGGUAAUGUCAAGAUUAUAAUUAUAGUCCCUUCUGCAAUGUAGUCAUGCUAUGCUAAAAAAUGUAUC